AUGGAAGUCGAAAAUCAUGGGAGUAACUGUUCUAGGGUUAUAUUUUCCCGUGAUUUUCCUCCAGAGUUUGGGAUUCCAUGUUCCCCAUUUAAGGGUUUUUCAGCUGUGAAGAGAAUUCAUCAUUACACUAGAGAUUUCCCACCUGGCUGUGGCCCAAAUUCCCAGAUUACCACUAAUAUUUACGCAGAGAAGAGUGAUAGAAAAUCUGGGUUUAGUAGUGAUUCUUCUACUUGGAGGCGCUCUGUUACUGCUGUGAGGAGCAAGCCACCAUUGGGUGAUGUGACGGGGAAAACGAUGGUUUUCAACGCUUCUAGUGAGAGGAGCUCAGGGGAGAGAGAGAAGGUGGUUGAAAUGGAGAAACUCCAGAAGAUUUCUAGGGAGAGAGAGAAGGUGGUUGAAAUGGAGAAAUUCCAGAAGAUUUCUAGGGAGAGAGAGAAGGCGGUUGAAAUGGAGAAAUCACAGAAAAUUUUCAGGGAGAAAGAGAAGAUGGUUGAACUGAAGAAUUCCCGAAAGAUUUCAGGGGAAAGAGAGAAGGUGGUUGAAAUGGAGAAAUCACAGAAAAAUUCUAGGGAGAGAGAGAAAGUGUUGGAAAUGGUGAAACUGUUCAGGAAGAGGUGUGUGGAGAUAUCAUUGAGUGGGAGGGGAAUUAGAAGGAUUGAUACAGCAGCAUGUGCUGAAUUGAGAAAAGAAGGGAAGAUUUCAAACCAAUCUACCUUGAUAAUUGGGGCUGUACCUGGGGUUGAGGUUGGGGAUAAAUUCCAUUAUAGGGUUGAAUUAGCUUUUGUUGGGCUGCAUAAGCAUUACGAGCGGGGUAUUGAUAGUAUGGAGUGGCGUGGGGGUAGAUUGGCUACAUGUAUUGUUGCUAGUGAGAGGCAUUUGGACAAGAUGAAUGAUCCAAAUUCCCUAACUUACAUUGGAGAAGGAGGUGUUGUCAGGCGAAACCAGGUUGGGAAACCUCCUGAUCAGGAGCUUAAGAGUGGGAAUCUGGCUUUGUGGACUAACAUGAAUGAGCAAAGGCCGGUUAGGGUGGUUAGAGGACUUAAUCUUGAGAGGAGUUAUAACAGGAAGAUUUUGUAUGUGUAUGACGGGUUGUAUGAGGUCAAGGCAUGUGAGAAGAAGAAAGGGCCGAAUGGGAAUAUGAUUUUCGAGUUUCAAUUGACACGGUGCACUGGACAACCUGCUGUUCCAUGGCAAGCUUGUAGGCGGUAUCAAUUUUGA